GCUCCGUGCGUGGACCGUUCUGGCCGUUUCGGGAUCCUAAUCGCGUUCGUGACGUUCCUGUUCAUCCCUUCCUCGCGGCUGCGAGUCCGAAUUGAGGUCGACCCCGGCCCGACUCAUCCACGCGCUCCUGUUGUGUUUGCAUCGCUUGUGUUCGCCCUGGUCCCCUGGGAUCGUGUUUGUUUUCAUGUUUGCGCCGAAGAAGUGACGAAAGCGGAGCGAACAGCUCCCUGUGCCGAGCCCUGCCGUGCGCCCGAAACGCGCUGAAGGACGACAAGUGCGGGGACGAGUGGUUUGGCCUGGAACGGGCCAAGCGGCGCGGGUGGCGUUCCGGCCCGCGGUUUGUUUGUAUUUCGGAAUUUGGAGUGUGCGUGCAAGGUGGCACUGGUCGGCUGCGAUCGCCCGAUUGGAAUGCACACGUGCGAGAGAGACGGCGUGCAGCGAGUAUUCCGGGAAUGAAGUAGAAGGCAAGUGGUGCGGCUCGGCUGUGUGCGUGUGUCAAAAACAUGCACUGACAGCCCGGAAUUCGCCCCGAAGAGGUCCUGGGCGGAAAUCCAAUGCCGCGGGCGACCCGAGCCGACCCGCGUCGUGUUUACAUGCCGACUGGCCUGCGAUCGUUUCCGCUUUGAGGCAGCUCGUCGGCUCGCGGCGGACAAUCCGCGUUCGCCGGCAUCCGUCGCUGUGGAGAGUUUGUUGUGCUGCCGGUGGGCGUGCGUGUGUGUGUGCGUUGUGUCAGCCGGGCUCGUGCGGAAUUCUCGCGCUCGAGCGCGACAUUCGAGCAGCGAGAAAACAAGAAGACGGCGACGACGAGUGCACGGCCGAAGCGAGCAAAAGGAAGAAAAGUAGUGGAGGAAAAGUGCGGAAAAGUAAAUAACGAGAAAAUUGUUUAGUUUGGUGUUUUGUUGUUGUCAAAGCGGUCGCGAGCUCGGCCGGUUCAUUGAUUGUGUUUUGGAAAUUGUCGGUGUGCCGUGCGUGGCUCGCCGGGUGUUGUGUGUUUUCGUUCAUUGUUUUGUGCCGUUGCGGCCGCUAAUGUUUCCGUGAAUUGUUGCGGUUCAGUGUUCCCUUCGAGUUACUUUGAUCCUCGUCCUGCCUGACAGCGACCGCGUCCUGUCACUCGCAUCACUCGCGGUUGGCUUCCUAUGAAAUAUCCGCGUCGUCGUCGUGUCAGUGUCCAAAUGUUUAAACAUUUUUUAUGGCGCUGUUUUCGUUUCAACGACGCCCUGGCAUCGUCGUCAUUUUUCAUGUUUUCGUACAACUGAUUGGAUUACUUUCGAUUUUGCCGGCGCUGACGACAAUUAGAGAAGUUCACGGAUUAAUCAACGUUCCAAUAUCAGAGCCAGAUAUAAAAUUCAUCUUAUUGCCUUCAUCAAAUCGAAUAAUAUCACCAAAUAAUGGAGCGGAAUUGUUGCCCUGCCUGGUAUCUAUCAGAAACGAAACAGUUUAUUCCAACUCGGAUUUUGACUCUCCAUUCCAUAUAUGGCUACGGAAUGGCGAACCGAUAGCACCAAGGAAAAAUGAGUUUCAAAUCUUCGAAAAUGGCACGUUAAAAAUAUUUCCUGGUGAUAAGGCGGCUGGAUCGUACCGAUGUUUGGUGAAUGGCACCGAGAUUGAGGCAGGCAUUCUAUUAUCGAAUGAGACUAUAGUACAAAAUGCGGUUUUCAAGCGAAAACAAUUACCAUCGGAACAGAGUUCGACAGCGAUUAUCGGUCAACCGGCCAUACUACAAUGCCCUAUUCAGAGUGUUCCUAAAGCGAAUAUUUCAUGGUUUUUCGGAAAUAAAAACACCAAUAGCAAUAGGUUCCUAAUUCUUGAAAAUGGCGGCCUUUUAAUCAAAAACACAACCGGAUCAGAUAAAGGAAAAUUCAAAUGUGUAGCGAAAAAUAAAUAUGCUGCAAAAGGACACCGUCAGUUUACAUUGUCAGUUUCAGUCCAGGAAGCUUCUGAUGAAAGUGAUAAAGCGAAAGUAGGACUAUUGCCUCGAUUGCAAAAUGAUACUAUCUACGUAGAGGCUGGGAAAAGUUUGAGACUACACUGCGUAAGUUAUUCGGAAGAUGUUGACUGGUCGUUUAUACCGCGAACACAGACAAAUCUCUCAAUUCCCAUAAGGAAUCAUAGCUUGGAGCUGCUAUUGGAACAUGUAACGUUUGAGGAUAAUGAUGGAUGGUAUCGAUGCGCUACGAAAUCAGACUCGCAAGUCUUUAAUGUAAUCGUUACAACACCACCUGCUAUCACGAUUCCUCUUGAAAAUUGGGAAAGUUCCCUUGCAGCUCAAGCCUCAUUCAAUUGCCAUGCCACAGGAAAUCCGCCACCCACCAUUACUUGGUAUCGAAAUGGUGUUCGCCUGGAGAAUGGUUUGCGAAUUCAUUACACCUCCCAAGCAUUAUACAUCAAAUCGAUCGACCUGGAUGAAGGAAUCUACCAAUGCUUCGCCAAAAAUCCAUUCGGUGAAGCUUUUUCUUCCGGUCGUUUAGUUCUUCGCCGGAAAGAUGAGCUCCCGAAUAUACCAAAACGGCCCGAGAAUGUUACAUGUUAUCCAGUCAAUUUUGAAACUGUUUUUGUAACAUUCAGUGGAAGUUCAGCGCUCUCCUUCAUAACUCCGCAUAUGGUAACCAGAGAUCCUUUCAAUUGGAAAACGAUUAUGCCUAUCUCCCUAACUUCCACAUCAAAUUUUACUUUGGUGCAUAUGCCUGUUUUUCGGCCAUUUAUCUUAUUUCUCCGCGGAAUGGUACCCACUUCGACUCAGAAAACGAUAAACGGCGAGCAUCAUACAUUCGAUUCAUCUUUGCUGUCAGAAGGAGCGAAUUGUGGUACUCAAGGGAUGCGUAUAAACACGGUGUUCCUCCAAACGGGUAUAUUCAUUUUUUGGACGCCAAUGGAUGCGGUUAAAGCGAAAUAUUUUCGUAUACAAUUUUGGAAUAAUAACAGUAAAAAUGCUUUGAUGUUCCCAGACGCAAUUGUCGGGACAACACACCCAAUCGAUUUGCAACGAACCACCAAAGCUAAUAUUAAUGCGUGGCUUUUCAAAAUGCCUGUCUUGAAUAGAACGAUAUCCGCUAAUGAGGAGGGUGUUGCUGAUGAAGUACGCAGUAGAAGAUCAAUUAAUGGGGGUGGCGGAACCGAGGGUGGCAAGCAAAAUUUCAAGAAUAUAAAAAAGUCAGAGAAGCAUGAUAAAGAUUUCAUGGAUGGAGGAGGAGCUAUUAUAACAGAAGUUCGUGUGCCUGGCAACGUUACAGGGAUGUUAAUUUCUAACGUACAGAAUAUUAAAGUUCGAGUGCUCAUUAUUACGGAGGAAAACGAGAACAUGUUCCAGGACUUGAGAUAUGUUGAGUGGGAGUCGAUAUUCUCAGACCAACAGCCGACCGUUUUAUCAUCAAACCACGAAUUCUUGUUUCGUGUCAGUACGGUGGAAUCGCGAUCAAUAACAGUUUCUUGGAAUCCCAUUGGAUCCGUUUCUUGCAUCAGAGUCUGCUACUUCAUUAACAUGUUGGAAGCAAAAAUUCGGCAAAACAACGAAAACACAUGCCAUGAUAUAUACGAACUUGAUGUAUACCUAACCAUCCGGAAAUUAUUACCAUCAACCGUUUAUCAUAUGAAUUUCCUGGAUUGCAACUCGACACACUACUUUGGAAUGAUAGAGACGAAGACGUUGCCUGAUGCACCUGGUCCGAUAACAAAUCAGAAGAUUAUCAAAAGCGAUGGCUUUCAAAUAGAAUGGGAUCCUCCAAUAAAUCCAAAUGGUAAAAUUCUUCACUACAAUAUCAAGUGGACCAUACGUAACAAAACGCAUAGUGCUAACGUUACAAGGGAUCAGAGUUCAUUCAAGUUUCCAAAUGUAACCGAAGAUGAUAGAGUCAAUAUUACAAUUCGCGCAAUCGGAACGAGUGGUGUUGGCUUACCAAUUUUCAUGGACACAAAAUACAUAAUAGAUUCGGACUGCGAAAAGGAGACAAGCUCAUUUAGUGAUCCACUUCUAGGCAUUAUAAUUGGCAUCUUGCUGUCGAUAUGCUGCAUUUUGAUAUUCAUUUGGAUUUUCAUCAAGCAACGGAAACGCUUUAAAGCACGAGGUUGUGGUCAAGGUAUUUCUGCAUCGCCAACUGAUUCCCAUUGCCCCCAAACACCGGCUUCAAAUAUGGAACUGCGAGAGAUGCAAACGCUUAUCCCAAAGUCGCCGGCGUUACAAAUUAUCGGGGAUGGUCGCGACACAUUGCCACAAAAUGGCAUUUAUUACAGUGAAAAUGACGAAGAAACUGAAAUUGCUGAUAAUCUGCAUGAUAUGACGAAGGCAGUUUACAGUUCAACGCCGAAAGCAACGAGACGCGUUGGCAAUUCUCCACUAUUGAGCGAUAGGCUCUUAGAAGAACAUGGUACAAUGAUUAAUAAUUUAACGCAAACUUCUGUGAUGGAUCAAAUACCACCAACAGUGAUAGUUCCAACACAGACAGCAGUAGCAAUAGCUCCUCCAACAAGUAUUGCAACAGCUCCUAACAAUACAAUAACUAAUGCAGAUCAUGAUCCAACUGCAAUAGCUACUCAAUUAAUUAAUAAGGUCAGUUCCUCGCCGAAUUUCUGCAUUUCAAAAUUACAACCGAAUGGAAAUUCUACAAAAUUACAAAAUGGUUCCAUUAAAACAACUCUACCUCCUAACAAACAUUCCAUGCAAGCAGCUACUACUCAACCGAAAUUAAUGAAAGCAAAUGGUAGCUUAAAAAAUGCCGAUAGUAUACAGUAUUCAUUAGAUCCUAAUUCGAAUACAUCAGCAACUCUGGACAAUAGUCGCCAUAAGUUACUAGAUACUAAAUUAGAUAGCAGCAGUACAAUAAGUCAAUUGAAUGACACUAAAAAUCAUCGUAACAAUAAUCAUCGUCCACCACCACCACCUCCUCAUCAUAAUCAACAACCUUCAUUUUAUCGCUCCUUCUUUGAAAGGGAGCCCACGAAGCACAAUCAUCUUCCGCAAAGGACAUUAGAUGAUAGUGGCGGCGACACCACAGUGGCAUCUAUCGACUUGGACGAUAGCAGUAGUAUCCGCAACAUUAAUAGUAGCAGUAGUAGUUGCAACCCAUUGUUAAAAAGUAGUUGGAAUCAUCGACGACCCAUUGUCGAGCCAAACGGAUAACGUUUAAAAUUUUUGAAAUUUCUCAAAUAAGUGAAUUGAACUUUCCACUAUUCCCUUUCUUUCGUUUCUAUUAUUUACUUCGAAACGCUCGUGAAAAUAUACUAAAGAGAUUAUUUCUGGAAUGCCUCAACGUUAUGUGGAAAACGGAGGUAGAUACGCAUUAAUUUGCGAACAUUUUUGAAUUGAAUUUUACAUAAUCUCAAUGGAAUAUGCAAAUAAUAUCUAGAUAGAUUUUUUUUCUUUUGUGAGGCUUGAAAUUCACACGAAACACGCGUACGAAUGAUGUACAACAAUAGAAUUGCAUUACCGUUUAUUACAGUGAAUGAAAACCGUGUGGCGUUUUGUAAACAGAAUCAGUACAAAAUUAUGUGUAAAAAUGUUUGUUACUUCUAAAAAGAUAUGCGAUUGAAAAGAUUCAAUCAGUAAAUUGAACAGGGUAAUGUGUAGAAGGAGACAAAUAAACUUCGCAACAUUCUAGAUUUAAAAAUUAACCCAGUGAAAUUAUUUACUUAUACAUAGAUGCUUAUAACUAAAAAAUUGGAAAGUUUUCAAGAAGAAACUAAUAAGUUUGACUAACAAUUCUCGCUUACAUUUGCUAGUAAGUAUUCUAUAUCAGUUAAAUAUUACACGUUUCAAUGCAAAUAUGUCUUCUAUAUCGUCCCUAGCAUCAUGUUUUGAUUCCACCCCUUCUUCUCUAUAGCUAUAGGGCAAGACUCGCUUUUAAUUUGUGUAGCUGACAAUUGAAAUAUUAAAAAUCCAAGACCUAUAUUAAAUGAAUAGAUUGCCUCAAUUAAAUCUUCUAUGAAUUUAGCGAGGCUGAAUUGACAUUUGAAGGAUCUAAAAGAUAUUUGUGGCUCCGGAGCAAGUGCUAUAAACAGUUAAUUCCCCUCAUAAUCCUCUUCCUCCUCCUUUCCAGUUUCUCCACAAUCCUAUAUUUCAGAAGUAAAAUUUAGCCUCCUAUUGUACAAGUUUUAUAAAAAUAAAUCCUUAGUUUACUAUAGUUCUUUUCAAAUAAAACUAUUAAAAGGAAAAGUUUUCAAUUUAACUAUAGGAUUUUAUUUAUGUUAAAGUAGCAAACACGUAUUUCGGACACAACCUGUGUCCUUCUUCAGUACUGAUUUUGUAAUAGUUGUUUCACUUGACUGAAUUCGUUAAGCCUUUUUCAGUGCAACCACUAUGAAAAAUAACAGAGCCUCGAAAACCGUCCCCUAAUCGCGCUCUCGACUAGCUGCCACACAGAAUAAACUCCUCCAAAUUUUGCAUAUAACACGUGUUUACUUAACUUACUUUCACUACACCAGUCUAGUGCAGAAAUGAAUAAAGUUAGCUAAUCACAAAGUUGAUCGUUACGUACAUGCACUCGUUUUGAAAGAAACUUUUCAUUACACCCUUUUAUUACAACGAGAAAACCACGCGCCUGUCUGCGGUCAAGGCUGAAGGCAGAAGAGACCGGAAUGCUGCCAACCCUGCUGCACCACAGUUCUCUUCUUGAAGAAGGACACAUGUUUUGUCCGAAACAAGUGUUUGCUACAUUAAAAUAAAUAAAAUUCUAUAGUUAAAUUGGAAACUUUUCCUUCCCCUAUUGUAGUUAUCUCAUUUCGUGCCAAAUUUUGGUAUGUACUUUACUGGAUACAACAUUGGCAAUUUAAAAGUUUCGACACUACUUUGUCUUCUCUAUUUCUCUAUAAAUAUCAAUGCUAUUACUACUGUGGUUCUGCUAUUGUAUACCGCUCUCAAUAUUAACAUCCCUUUUCUUCGGUUUAUUAUUGACACUGCUUACAUUUCCUCCGUAUGGUCCCAUCUAUCUCUCCACAUAUCGGAUAAUCAGGAUAGAUUUCAGCCCUCCUUGGCAGCAUCUUCUCGGAGCCUUAAUAUGACAUUAUGCAUGAUUUUCAAUAAAAUCUAGUCGGGUGUUGAAUGGCUCGAGUAACAAAGCCAAAAAUCUGUAAAAACGAAAUCAUUUCUUGACGCAUUUGGUUAACUUUCCCAAUGGUAGUCUUUUACAUAGUUCAGAGUAUUUCACAUACGAUGGACUCUAAAUCCUUCCAUACUUCAUUUAGUAAGCAUUUUCGUCAGACGAAAAUCAUUAAAGAUUGCUCUAGAAACAUGCUUGCUUUUUGAUGGGACAUAAGUAAAGAGACUACAUUUUUCAGGGCACCAUUCCAACACAAGUAGAAUACAUUCAAAAUAGUUCAUUAAUCUUCCCGUGUACAACUUUUUCUGAUUAUCAACUUUCCUCCUGCAUAAUGAGCAUACAUUUGCUCCUAACGUCAAAAAUGCAAAUAAUAGCAAUCACUUCAUUAAUCAACUAAGUAUAUCCUCCACAUUAUGGCCCUCAUUUUCAGUUACCAGCUAUAAACAUUAGCCAUUACCCAAUCUCAUUCAUUUUAUGCAAGGAUAUAAACACAAUGAUGUCUUCAGGUUUUCCUAACUAUUGUCGCAACUAUAUAUGGGUUCUCUUACGGCCUACUAAAAUUCUCUGCGCACCUUAGUUUCUUUCGUCAUUUGGGGUGCUCAUUUGAGUGUAUAGGAAUGAAAAUCGGCGGCUCAAGUCCUUAUUUGUUAUUUUAUAGAUAUCUUCCCACAGUUAUUCGGAAAUGAUUCAUUUUGAUAAAAUUAUCUUUUAUCUGUUAUUUGCGGUCGGCCCUCUUGUAGGGGUUGAGAAAUUACGCUCUUUCUUCUGAUAAAUGUGAAACUGAAAUGUCACCCACCCUGAGGUUCAAGCUUAUUUGUCAUGUGUCGUAUACAAAAUUGGUUUUUUCCGCAAAUCCUUUCGUGGUUGUUAACUUAAAAUUCUUAACUACUUUUUGGUCCAUUGUGAUUAGAGUCGUAAAUCACCAAAUACCACUGAUGAAUAUGAAAAAGAUCAUUUUUCCUAAUUCUGAAUCUUGAAGGAAUGCUUAUGCCUUUCGCAUCGCUAACGCAUCACUUGGUCAAGAUACAUUAUUAAUUGAUAUUUUUGGUAAAUAAUCGCUACGCUAUAGUCAAGUUGUUGUCUGUUCUUAUAAACUAGGCCUAUAGUCCCUCUUAACUCCAAGUAUCUCUUCCAAUACCCAUGUAAUUACAAGCACUCUCCUCCUUAUACAAGAAUAAGGUGGGAAGUUUUGGUCAGAAAAUGAAAGACUGCUGUUUUCAAUUAAAAAUUAAUUUUAAUUAAUUAAUUAAUUUGAAUUAAUUUCCCUUGACUUGGUCCAUAUUUGGUCCAACGUUUCUCCAACAUCAAUAUUCCCGGGAGUGAGAACCCAUUUACGAUUGUCUCAACUUCUCCAUCGGAUACGAGUCGUUUCUCAGAAAUAAAUUUGUUCAAUUUUGAGAACGGAUGGGAAUUUGAAGGUACCAAACCAGGAAAAUAGGGGAGGUGGCCGAACAUUUGUACCCCAAAUCCAGCCGUUUUCAAUUUUUCAGUUUGAUCAGAUCUGUUGACCUAGUGCAGGACGAUUUUUUUCUUCUUUAAGCCAAGCCUCUUCUCGCGAAUUUUGACAUCCAGAUGGUCAAAAAGGCUGGAUUAAUAUUUGUCCGUAGCUUCUCUGUCUUCUUCAAGGUAAUUAAGUAAAACGAUCCCUUUCACACAAACGCACUGACCAUGAUCUUUUCGGUAGAUGCGAUUGACUUUGCUUUCUUUGGCAUUGAAUCGCCAACGUCCCACUGCCUCAACUGCUGUUUCGUUUUUGGGGUAUAAUGAUAGACCCAUAUAUCAUUCAUGGUGACAAAUCGCCACACAAAACCAAUCGUAACACUACAGAAUUGGUCUAAAAGCAUCGCUAACUCUUUGUGCAAAAUGUUACCCAUCCUUUCUUCUGAUAUCGCCUCUCUCACCUCUACUCGCCUAUCGUCCAACAAAAUAUUCUGUAAUUUUUGAUAGUUUCCGAUAUGGUUGGGGUUUUUGAGAACCCUUCACGUGGGUAAUAUUCGAAGGGCAUACGACCACGUUUAAAUCCAGCUGCCCACUUUUUAAUGGUUGAUAUUGAAGGAGCAGAGUCCCUGUAGGCUUUCGUCAACUUGGAAUGUUGUCUCUGUGUCAGAUCGAGAACUUUCCACCUCAACCUCGUACUUAUCAGCAUUCUACUGAUAUCUAGCACCAACAAGGCGUGUCAAUGACCUUGGAAGAUAUAAGAAACCUUACACGGUCAGUUUUUCAAGAGUCUACCAUAAACCAAUCUAUCAGGAAUUGACCGAUGAAAAUCUGCUGUACUGACGUGUUUAGUAUAAACAAGACGACAAAGACAGUUUUUUUGCAUGCAUUUAAACAUUCCAACCAUUCGGAAGUCAUGUUUCCACUAACAACCCAAUAGCAACUGCACUACACUUAGACCUACCCUACACGAUCAGUUUGCCAUAACUGACUAACGCCAAACUGACGAAAUACUGAUCCUGUACGGUAGGCCUAGGUAAUGACUUAUAGACUGAUGAAUAUUUAAAAUUUUUAAGUUGUCAUUGUGUUGUUAGUCGAAACAUACCUUCCAAAUGGUUCGGAUAUUUAAAUGGCAUGCGACAAAAAUUCUUUUUGGGUGUCUUGUUUAUCAUAAACACGUCGGUCAAUCAGUUUCUCAUGGGUCAAUUUUUCAUGGAUUGAUUUAUGGCAGACUGAUGAAGUACUGACCGUGUAAGGUGGGUUUUAGCUUGUCAUCAAUCCAAACAGACUGAGAAAUUUUAUUUAAAAAUUUAAAUAUUAUCGAUGAGGUUCAUCAGUCCAUCAGUCAUUGCUACCAACGAUCAGUUUGUUAUAAUACUUGUCAUUCUGACUAGUGAUAGACUUACGGGAAAUUGACCGUGUACAUGCUUCUCUUCUGUUUGGGGCCAUAGAAAAAAGACUUUUCUCAUAGGAUUAUAUUAUAAUUCUAUUUUAUCUUAUAUACAUAUAUCGCAUUGCUUGCUAUUCCUGAAUAUUAUUGCAUUUCAAUACUGUUCUUAGAUGGUUAAAGAUGGCUUUUCAGAUCAUUUCAUCCUGAAAUAUAAUUUAGCUCCUCUAGAAUAAUUAUUUUGAUUUCUUCUCCACUCAAGCAAACAUUUUUCAAUUAUACAUUCACGCGUCCAUGUGCUUUUUUUUCAAUCUAUCCUAAAUAUCUUUCAAAGAUUAUAGAAUCGGGAAUCUUUCGAAAAAAGGCUUAUGAAAAAUCAGCAACAGGCGGGGAAUAUGUACCUUUUUUCACGCUUUUGUUAACUUUCCUAAAUCUACGUAAAUUCUAAUAUGCUUGCCCAUUGCACAAAUGAAUCUAAUACAUUUUUAGUCACCGUAACUCCCUACGAGGGGGGACCCAAAACAACGGGAAUUUCGUCAUAACUUCUUUAUUACUCAAUAUUUUUACACCAAGUUUUGAUGACCUUCAAAGUAUUUGCCUUUGACUACAACGCACUUCCUCAAACUUCUUCACUUCUUCAAAACAUUUUUUAAAUUCACUCAUCGGGAUGUUCUUUAAAUCUUCCAGCGAUUUUUGUUUUACCUCCUCCACAGUGGCAAAACGCUUUCAUUUCAUAUUCCUUUUGAGUCGUAUCCAUAGCACGACUAUUCAUCAGCAGUAAUCACCUUGGAAAAAAAUUCAGGGUCCCCUUCGAGCUGAUUUUGAAGCUCAAAACAUGCCUGAAGUCGACGCUCCCUUUGCUCAUCUGUGAGAAGGCGCGGGACGAAUCUGGCUGCAACCCUUCUCAUGUGCAAAUCUUCGGAUAAAAUUCUCUGAAUUGAACUCCGUGACAUUCCCAACAUCUCACAGAGUUGAUCAAUGGUUCGGUCAUGGUCUUCACGAACGAGGGCAUUGAUUUGGACGACGUUUUCGUCAGUUCUUGAUGUUGAGGGGCGUCCUGAACGAAGUUGGGCUUCAAUAGACAUUUCUCCAUUUUUAAAACGUGAAAACCAAUCGUAAACUCUGGUUUUACUUAAGACAGCAUCCCCAUCAGCAGUCUUAAACAUUACAAUAGUUUCCCCGGCCGAUUUCCCCAACAGGAAACAAAAUUUCACAGCUGCGCGUUGUUCUCGACAAUCUGCCAUUGCGUUUUCGCCGAAAUGUAAAAAGUUGUUUUACUAAAAAAAAUCUCACAGGCGAACCGAUGCACUCACAGCGACAUAACUUCGCACACUGAUCUAGGUGGCGUAAUACUAACGGACAUGUGGUCAAAUAAUAGGUUCCCCCACUCUCCCUCCCCACCACAGCGUAAUUCCUGGAACUUAUGGGCCCCCCCUCGUAUAUCGAACUUGGUUCCUUUAUUUCUUCUUCAAUUUGUAUAUCUAAUAAAGGAGGAAAGAAAUUUGCUUAUACGACACUUUCCUCCGAAGAUUUCAAGACAUUUUUUUACUGUGUAGCAUUUUUUUUUACAUAAAUGAAAGGAAAAAAUUGAUAACGUUCUAGGAAUGCUAUUCUACUCCUCAAACUGUAGCGAGCCUGCCCUAUAGCAUAUUUUUUUCAAGAAUACCCUUUGAAAACUGAGGGGGAGAUACUCUUCACUAUAGUAAUUUGUUAAAUUAAAUCACCCCAAAUAUUAACCGCAUAUAAUAUUAAAUAUUUCACGUAUAUCUUCUUAGAAGUGACAGAGAAGCUGUUUAUAAAAACGUUCAAAACUGAAGAUUUGAAAUUAACAAACUAAAGAAAUAUAUUUAUAUAUAAAUAAAAAAAAAAUGUUUCUGUACCUGAUGACAUAUAAAGUAAGGAUAUUUUAUUAUAAUUAUACAAACAGAUCAAAUUAGCCACAAAAAAACUUUCAGACGAAUUCAUUGUAUCUGGAAACAUUAUUACAUGUAGCAUUAUUAUUACUACUUUACUAUAACUAUAGAUACAUUAACACUAAACCUACUUUCACCUCUGCAAAAAAAAACAUAAAUGAAUGCAUGACUUUUUACUUAACUGAAAGCUCUAAACUCUAAACUAGAAACUUCCUGAACGGGAAAUGAAUUCGGUUCAAACUGACCACACAAAAAUUAUAAAUACAAAAAAAAUAUGAAUAUAUUUUUAAUAAAUGCAACUACAUGAAGUAACAAUUCCUAGAAAUGAAAGAAAAAAAAAUAAUACAUAACAAAUCAUACCUAAAAUGCUUUUGCUUUUGAAUUCGAUUUGAUUAUUUUGUAUAAAUUUUAAGAGGAAGAACAAAUUAUGAAAAGCUAAUAAAAUGAGUGAGAUAUGAAAAACAAAAAAAAAUAUAUUAAAAAUAUUGUGCAUUGAGAAGGAACGUUCGAAUAAAUAUGUAAUCUAUGUGGUUGAUAUUGAAAAAAAGUAAACACAAAAAUACUAAAAGAAAAUUGAAUUGAAUAUAUAUUUUGUUUAAAAAAAAGGGACAAAGUCCGAAAUUAUUGUAGUGAGUUAUAAAUUAAGAAUGCAAAGCAAAAAACAUUUCUAAUAAUUGUAAAAAGAUACAUUUUCCGCGGCGAAAGAAGAAAAUAUGCACUACAAUAUUGUGGAAUGCAUACACUAUAAAUUAGAUGUCUAAGAAAAAAUAUAAAUCGAUCGAGAAGAAGAUAUUCUUGGAUUCGAUGUAAGUGUAGAGAAAGAAAUUAAUUGCGUACAUAUAUAGUUUACUAACUUUAAGCUAAAUCCUAAAAUGAAAUUAAUUAUUGAUAUCAGAAUUUGUACAUGUAAAUUGAAGUAGAAAAUGUUUAUUUUCUAAAGAUGAAUAUUGACAGAAGUCCAUAUGAAAUUUUUCUGCGCAUGAGAUGAAAAGCACUAUCGUAACCUUUCUUUUUUAACAAACAUAUUUUCCGAUUUCUCAUUCAUUUGAAAUCCAGUCGAGUUUGCAAUUCUCCAAGAGUAAAAUUCAGAAUAUCUGUGCCAAAAAAAAUUAACACCAACGCAAUUCUGUUUUGUUCCAGUUCAAAGAAGAUCUUUGAUUUCGGAUCCAAGGAAACAGAAGAUCUGCAUUUUUCAAAUAUUAAAUAGAAGCUAAAUUGCGGAAAGGACACUGACAGAUUUCCUGGGGAAAUUUAUGAUUCCUUUGUCCCUGUAUCUCGAAAAUUAUCUUAUAUGACAAAAGCAACUACUAAUUAGACCAUAUGCAGUCAAAUCUUCUUACGAUUACUCUGCUUUGACCAAAAAUGACAAAAAAUGAAAGUUUCUCUAAACUAAUUGGGCCAUUGAAUUUUGACGUUGUGUUAUACACAAUCUUGUCCACGACCUAUACCUUUCAACUAUUUUGACCUCCGCCCGCUUCUAGGCUUAUAGCUUUUUAGCCCUCAAUUUCAAUUGCGUAACUCAAGGAGUUCAAUUUUCUACGAAUUAUAAAACCAGUCAGUGGUAGUCAAAAUUAUUAAAAAAAUAACGACCAUACAAAUUGGCGAGAUUAAAACACUUCAGAAACCUAAUCCCUGCAAAGUGUGCCUUGCAUCUACAAACAAGAACAUGAAACGAUAGUAACUGCUCAAUAUACUCAAAAUCAAUUCAAAAUUUCAUAUACACAGUAGCAUGAAAAGAUAAAGAAAGUUAAAAUUCAAAACGGGGCUGAUAUAUACAUACAUACUCUGGGAAUGAAUUGUUUUGUGAACCAUUUUAUGCUUUCGCAUUUUUUUUUUCGUUUAUUUAGGAAAAAGCAAUUAAAACAAAUGAUACAAUCGAAUACCUGUCUAAUAGCUAGUACAAAAACGAAUUUACCGGAUGAAUAUUCGAAAAAAAACCAAAUACAAAAUUUGAAGAAAAAAGAAUCAUGCAAAAACGCCUAUAUGACAAUUGAAAGCCAAGAUAGCUGCAAAUAUUUUAAAUCGUUUCACUUCAACCAUAUUUCCCAGUGAUUUAGCGUGAAAUUUUCAACCAUAGUGCCAAUAGCUGGUUUUGAUAACAAUCUAUCGAAUUCAGAUAAACAAAAAACAAAUCGAGAAAGCUUUUUUAAAUAAAAGGAAAUUACUAAAAUAAUUCAGUUUAUAAACAUGUAAAAUAAAUAAUCAUAUCUCAGACAGUUUAGAUAUUGAAUUAAAUCAUUCCAUGAAAUACGUAAUAGGAUUAAAAAAUCUAGAAAAAGGAUCAUACAAUAGAACAAUAGCAAUAAGCACAACAAUAGACACAAUCUUUACACACUCACACAACAAUAGCAAUAACCAAUCCAUAAAAUCAUUUACAGCUUUAUCAGUAAACAUUCUAAUUGAUCUAAUCGAACCAUAUCCAGUUUUCAUAUAUCUAAUCGUGAAUAUGUGCAAUAGAUAGCUUUAUUUUACUCUCAUCUUGUCUAUUUCCAAUUAUAAUUUCAUAUAGCGAAAUUAACGUAUGAUAUACACAAUAUUCCAUAAUUUAUUUUACAUUUUUAUAUAAGUAUAUAAUAUAUUAAUUUUUACAUUCAACAAUCUGUGCAGUAGUUAAAAGAAAAAUACAGUAAAUAUUCAUAAGAGUGAAACGAUUUAAAUUACAAUAAUUAAUUUGUAGAUGAAAUAGAAAAGUUUGGA